AUGGUUUCCCACAGCCUGACGAGCCUGUUCGCAGGCCUGCGCCUGUCGCGGCCAACACCCCAAGUCAUGGCACCAUUCACAGCAACGACUACCACGUCACUCCUCCUCAACGCCAGACCCCUGAGCACGACGCCCUGCGUGCUGGCCAGCAAGGCGGCCAAGAACGCCGCGGCCAAGACCAGCAAGCCCGGCCAGAAGCGCAAGAAGAACAAGGCCGAGGAGCCGGACGCGCGCAUCCGCAACCUGAAGAUCAGCAUGCCGCGCAAGGCCCCGGCCCCGCUGCGCUUCGCGCGCAACCGACACCUGCGGCACUGGACGAUCCACCGGGCGUGGCUGCUGUGGCAGCGGAAGGAGCGGGAGAGGGAGGAGAAGGAGCUGAUGAGGAUGUACCAAUCCAUGGCCUCGGCCAGCGAGGAGCUCCGACACACGUCCGGGCCCGGAACCAGGGACGAGGGAUAUCUGUACCGUGUGUCCAUGGAGAAGAAGGGCCUGUUCGGGCACAACGCCAUCCCGAUCGAGUACGCGAGGCCGCAGACCGAGACGCCCGCCAGGAUUGCCUGGAAUCACGAGUGGAAGCGAUGA